GUAAAUGGAACCAAACGCUGAUUUGUGCUCGUUUGAAUUGCGCGCUGUAGGAUCUGAACCUCUUUGUUUCCCUGAGUUCAGUAAACAGUGGUUUCGCCUCUGGUUUUACAGCGUUCCCUUUUAUGUCCUGUGCACGUGUGAUACAACAAGCAGAGUGAAUCGUACUAACUUCUGACUGUCUGGGCUUAAAGGAAACAAAGUUACACUUCGUUCACGGGCUACAUGUGCAAUCUGCGCAACCUCUUAUGCAACCAACCAACCUGCUGAUGACUGCCUUAUUCAUUUAUCUGUGUCUUGUCUUCUGGCUGGAGUUUGAUCGGAUGGACUUUGGAUCUGCUUGCCUUUCCUAAGGAACAUAAACCCACCACAGAAAAACACAAACAUUUACGUUUUUGUAUUUUUUGACACUUAUUAGUAGACUUUGGUAUAUAAACCAUAUUAUCCAUUUUGACUAGCGAGUCUUUUAUAUUUGGUGUUUGAUCAGUAUUUUAAUUGAGCAUUAUUAGUUCUAUUGAGAAAGUUAUAUAUUUUAUUCGUAUUUGUCUACAUUGCUUUACUCUUAACUUGCUUGAUUUAUUGAAAGGUUACAUUUAGCUUUUUCCCCAGCUUCACUUUGCUCGUUGGCUGUUCGUUUUUGUGCUAGUGUGUAUAAUGGCCAAAAGGAUUUAUAGUGCUGAAGAGGCUGAGAAGAUUUGUAUGAUGAAUUCAAGCGCAGAGGAGUUUAGUGAUUACGAUUCAGAGUAUGAGGCCUUUGACUCUGAAACAGACUCGCCUACAGACGAGUCAGAACCUGAAGAUAGUGGCUCUGUUAGUGCGGAGACUAGUUGUAGUGUCAGUGAUAUAAUUGACAAAGCAGAGGCUAGUUUUAGUGAAAGCUUGAUUUUAUCAGAAGUACAGAUAGAUGAAAAAGUAACCGAGGAUGAAGUCAGAAGUACCGAUGCAGUUGAAGCAGAAGCUGCAUGGGUCCCUCCCCAAAAUUAUUCGCCUGAGAUUCCCCUAUUUACUGCCGUUCCAGGCAUCAAGGUGAAUACUAAUAAUUUUGAACUUGUGGACUUUUUCCAUGUAUUUGUUACAGAGGCCAUCCUACAGGAUAUGGUCUUCUACACCAAUUUAUAUGCUGAGCAGUAUCUUUCUAGCCGCCCAUUACCUGAAUAUUCACAAGCUCAAGAAUGGCAUCCUACUAAUAUACACGAGAUGAAAAGAUUUCUGGCACUCACAAUAGCAAUGGGCCUCCACACAGAUGGCAACUUGGCAUCCUAUUGGGAUACCACUACAGUCAUUUCCAUCCCACUCUUUUCUGCUGUAAUGCCUAGAAACCGUUAUCAGAUUUUACUGCGGUUUCUGCAUUUUAAUGAUAAUGCUACAGCUGCUCCCCCUAAUGAGCCUGGUCAUGACCGGCUUCAUAAAUUGAGACCCCUUAUUGAGAGCUUGUGUAAGUGCUUUGCAGAGGUGUACACCCCCUCCCAAAAUAUUUGGGUAGAUGAGUCGCCUAUGUUUUUUAAAGGGCACCUAGGGUUCCGCCAGAACAGCCCAAGAAAGCGUUUCUGUGAUGGUGUAAAAAUUUACAAGCUCUGCGAAAGCAAGACUGGAUACACAAGUAACUUUAUGAUUUAUGAUGGAAAUGACUCCUCUUUAGAUCCUCCCGGUUGUCCACUUGAUUUUACUGACAGUGGCAAAAUUGUUUGGGAGCUCCUAACACCGCUUCUGGGCCGAGGUUAUCACUUAUAUGUGGAUAACUUCUAUACAAGUAUCCCCUUAUUUAGAGCACUACAUAGUUUGGACACUCCAGCCUGUGGUAAAGUAAGCCAUAAGAGAAAAGGCUUGCCCAGGACACUUUUGAAUAAAAAUCUAAAGCAUGGCGAAACAUAUGCACUAAGAAACAGUGAGCUCCUGGCCAUAAAAUAUUGUGACACCAAAACUGAAUAUAUGCUGACAACAAUCCAUGAUGAGUCAGCCAUUGUAGAACAGAGAACUGGCAAUAGACCCCACAGAAGUAAACCAAUCUGUAGCAAAGAAUACAUAAAAAAUAUUGGUGGUGUUAAUAAAACUGACCAAAUCCAAAAUUAUGAUGCCACCGGAAAAACCAAUGCCUGGUACAAAAAAGCAGCAUUUUAUAUGAUUCAAAUGUCUCUUUACAAUUCAUAUGUUGUUUAUAAAGCAGCAGUUCCUUGCUCAAAGUUGUCCUUUUAUAAAUACCAAUUGCAGCUGCUCCCUGCCUUGUUGUUUGGAGAUGUGGAGGAGGUACCAGAUAUACCUGAUAAUGAUAAUGUUGCCCGAAUGGUUGGGAAGCAUUUUAUUGACAACAUUCCACCCACACUUAAUGAAAAGUCUGCCCAAAGAGCCUGCAAGGUAUGCCUCAAAAAGGGUAUUACACGAGAUGUAGGCUACUAUUGUCCAAAGUGCCCUAGCAAACCUGCCUUAUGUCUUCAGCCAUGCUAUGAGCUUUACCAUACUGUUGUACACUAUGAAAAUGUGUGAACAGGGGUGACCCCCAAUACAACGGUUUUCUUACUGGUAGUCCACAAGGGUCCCAGUUUAGUGAGGGAACACACCAAAUGUGUAAAGGUAGCGCCCAGUGGGCAGGAUUUAUUUUUGUUUUAUAUCCUGAAAUUGUCACCUCUGUAUGUAAAUAAACUGCCUUAAAGUGAAUAAAGUAUCUAUUGUUGAUCCCA